AUGAAGAUUUCAGCCAGAUGCAGUCACGUACUGGCGUGGCUUCUGCUGACUUGCACGCAAGGCAUCAAAGUGACGGUGAACUUGCCUGCCAAGGAAAAGAAGUGCUACGGAGAGCAGGCCGCUAGGAUGGAGCUCCUAUUUGUCGAGCUCAGCGUUGCAGACGGAAACAAGGUGGGUGUGACGGUGCUCAGUCCUCAUGCAACCAUCUUCUCCGAGCAUGACAGGCAACAGGUGAAAACAGCUUUCACGACGCAAGAAGCUGGUCCUCAUUGGGUUUGCAUACAGAACGAUGCGCCCGCGGCAGCGGAAGUCUUGCUGACCGUGUUGCUCGGUCCAGAAGCCAAAGACUACUCGCAGGUUGCCAAGAAGGAGCACCUGGAAGAGUCGCAGGUUGCUCUACGAAGAGUAGAAGAGUCCUUGCGGAACUACCAUAGCAACGUGCUCUACAUCAGAGCACGAGAGGAGCGCAUGAGGCAGACGAAUGAUUCCACUGCAAGCAGAGUAAUCUUCUUCUGCCUGUUCAAUGUGUUCCUCAUGAUUGGUGUGGGUGGCUGGCAGAUGCUGUACUUCAAGCGCUUCUUCCGGUCAAAGAAGAUCAUCUGA